CUUUUCUCCGUUAGCUCUGACAGCACUGCUGGCAAAACUGGCUGAUUGGACAAUGUUUAUUAAAUGAUUACUUGCUGGAUGCGGAUCCAGAUGUUCGACAAAAUCUCAGGGAAGCGGAAAGGACAGCGAUGGCUUGCUAUUACCGCCAGCACGAGGACACCACGGUGACGGUGCCAAAGUUCACAAACGAGAGCUCCAGCGGCGGAGUGACCUACUACGACAUCAAGGUGCGAGUGGGCAAGGUGGAGUGGCUGGUGGAGCGCCGCUAUCGCGACUUUGCAAAUCUUCACGAGAAGCUGGUUGGCGAGAUUUCCAUCAGUAAGAAGUUGCUGCCGCCGAAAAAGCUGGUCGGGAAUAAGCAGCCCUCUUUUUUGGAGCAGCGUCGUGAACAGUUGGAAACGUAUCUCCAGGAGCUUCUCAUCUACUUCCGGACAGAGCUGCCGCGGGCUCUGGCCGAGUUUCUAGACUUUAACAAGUACGACAUUAUUUAUCUCUUACAAGAUCUUGCCAAGCUGUUCAACGAAAGCGGAGAUGCCCUGCUCAGCUCCAAGAAGGAAUACAACCUUUCAGCCCUAGAGGUCUACGCUAUUAGUGAGCGGCUAAGUCUUCCCUGCCCACCGAGCCUGGAUCGCGGUGGAAAGUACGACUUCUCGCACGUCCUGGACUUUUGCACACAGCUUGUGGCAUUGGUGGUCACCCCGGUCAAGGACAAUGCUAGCUACGCCCAGGAUUACAAUACGGUGGAUGUGCCAAUCGAUCGCAGCAAUAUUAUUCCGAACAGACUAAGUUUUAAUCUAAAUGCCUUUCGCAAUCUCAAGACGCUCAAAUUUUCGGCUUUGUCCACCGAAAACAUUGUGGACAUCGAGCUUCUAAAGCCGACUCUCCAGACAAUCUGUGUUCAUAACACGACCAUACAGAACAUAAACCAAGUUCUGCUUUGCGACAAUCUACACAAGCACUGUGAUGUGCCAAGCCUGCUGCCAGAGACUAUCCUUGCUUCCCCCUCCGGUUCCGGUUCCGCCACUUCAAAUGGUAGUGCCUUGGUUAGUGCGGAUGCGUGGAAAGAGAUAACAGAACUAGAUCUGACAGGCAAUCUGCUAACCCAAAUCGAUGGCAGUGUAAGAACAGCUCCAAAACUCAAGAGCCUCAUCCUUGACCAGAAUCGAAUACGGACCGUCCAAAAUCUGGCCGAACUUCCCCAACUCCAGUUGCUUUCGCUAUCUGGGAAUCUUAUAGCAGAGUGUGUGGACUGGCAUUUGACGAUGGGAAACCUAGUCACUCUGAAGCUAGCUCAAAACAAAAUCAAGACUCUGAGUGGUCUGCGAAAACUGCUUUCACUGGUUAACCUGGAUCUUAGUUCGAAUCAGAUCGAGGAGCUUGAUGAAGUUAAUCAUGUCGCCAAUCUUCCGCUUCUAGAGACUCUUCGCCUUACUGGAAAUCCGCUGGCGGGCAGUGUGGACUAUCGCUCUCGCGUCUUGGCUCGAUUUCACGAACGUGCUGCUGAAAUAUCUUUGGACAACGAGCCUGGUAAUCAGCAGGAGUUAGAUACUGCUUUGGUUUUGUCCGCCCUUCUGCAAUCAAAGCAGCGUCAGCAACAAAAGUGAUCCUUCUCACAGAAAGGGUAUCGAUUCCAUAUAUAGAAAAAUCUCCGCAAGAAAUUAUGGUUACAAAAGUAUUCCUUUUUGGUUUUUUUUUUCAACUAAACUCUGUCUACAAAUAUUUUUUUCUUAUGGUUUCGGACUUUAAACAGUUUAAAGAUUUAUUUUGAGGAUACUUUCCACAUUAACCGUAAUUUUAAUUUAUUUAAAGUGUUUUGUAAAUUUCAAUAUGUUUUAUAAAUUUCAAUAUGUCCUGUAAAUUUCAAUAUGUAUUCAGCAAAUUUUUAAUUGUAUACGUUUUAUCAUUUCUGUCCACCUCGAUGUGCA